GACCCACCAAAGACUCUUAAAGUUUUAGGGACUUUAUACAACUAUUUUUUUCCGUUUGCAUCAUAUACAUCAUAUGAUAAAGGAAAGUCCCAAACUGGCCCAGGUAAUUCAAGCCUCAGGAGGAACUGAGGCUAUGGGGUGUAGGUAGAGAGGGGUAUGAAGGAGUGUCCAAUACAGUUACAUAAUCUGGUAAUAUCUCACAUUUUGUAUUAUCUGUGAGGUUUCUCGACAUUACAUAAGAACGGUUUUCAUAAACCUGAAUCUGAAGCCAAACCUGAGAAUAACUGAUACUGAUAUCAAUCUAAACUUAUGGGAUCUGAUCAAAGUAGAUAUAGGGGUGUUUCCAGACAAGGUGCUGAGAUAGCAUUUGAAAGUCUUUUUUGUUGUCAAUGAAAUGACUCACAAAUGUAACCAACCUACCGCAAGAACAGUGCCUCUCUUAUCAGUUGCUAAUAACCUGCAAACAUGACCCUUUGUGAAUUUGCUAAAAUACAGAGGGUAAAGACUUGCAGGUUUCCCGACAACUACUAAGGGAGAUCCCCAGUGGAGAUCCAGCCGGUUUCCUACCGGGCAACAGGUUGAAAAAGAUAAGAAUGCAACUAAAAAAGAAAGCAAAACUAGACACCUGUUGUUCGACACGUUAUUAUUCGCGUCGCCCCCUGAUAAAUUCGCCGCGAUAUAAAAAACAGAAUGUUGCCGUGUGUGCGGUGACACGCGACACAAAAAUCAUCGUACAAGCGAAACGAAACCGCAUUUUUUUUGUCCCAGCUCUACAAAUCUCUAGCAAAAAAAUUAUUAUUGGUAGCCUAUUUAAAGUGCUCAUAAGUUUGAGUCGCCCUUAAAGCACAUAGGCUGCCUCGUAACUGCAUAAUCCUGAAGCAAUGCUAUCACAGUCGUGUCGCAAAUGGGAGGUAACUGAAAGGCUUUCGAGUUAGUUCAACGGGGAAACCCCAUCUAUUACACUACUUCCUAAUUUGACUGAAUGACAGACAGAGACGCUGUAAAAUUAGUUCAGAUGAAUCGGGUCGUAGAGACAGCACGCAGUAGCCUACAGUCCCGUCGUGAAGGACAACAAUGUGUCAUAUUGGCAUAUUGACAUUGCACUAAAACUUAACUACUCGCAUCAUUAACAUAAUCAGGACAGCCAAGUGCAUGCGUGCAACAUUUUAUUCUGCGUUUUAAGAAAUUAUUUUCCUUGAAGGCUUUGAGCAUAAAGCGUUGAUAUAUAAGCGGAUAACCUAACUAUGAUCUUAAGUGCUUCAGUAAGCUGUGCUAAAACAUCCUGAACAAAGCAUAUGUAAGUAUUGCCAAAUUGAGGCAAAUUGGAAUGGUUGCAAUUUUAGGAGCCAAAUAAGUGUUUUAAAAGACGUCAAAAUGUUGACAAAGGGAUUUAUCUAGAAAAAGGACCUAUAGACCUGAGGACAAUGACCAUGAGCGGCAGUAAUCACACAGUUCCGUCUGCUCCGCUGGACCUGACCAACAAAUCUAGAGAGCGUGGGAGCUGCAGUCAGGGACCAACAGGCGACCAAAGUCCCCCAACACAUAGCUCAGACAGGCACAAGUGCAGCACUGGACAAACAGUUCAUGCCCUCGCACCACGGGACAGUUGCAAUGGCUCUUCUUCGACUCCAACAGACGAUGCUAAUGGCAUGGGAAACAGAACGACUGAUGAUCUCGGACAAACUCGACCUGUCACCCCCAACACGAAGUGCAAUCUGACGGACACUGCAGGAAUAUCGAAGGAUUCCUCGUUCUCCAAACUUCCGAUCAGGAAGCGUCCUUUUCCUCUUGAUCAUGACCAAAGCGGUCCAAGGAAUUUUCGUGACGAACAGCACAACGAACCUAAAAGGAGACAUAGCCCCAGUCCAAAAACGUACCCUGACCGGACUCACUUAAACACAGAUGUACAAAGGACAGUGAAUGUAGCUCGUGAUCAUCAGAGCCACAAGGACUCCCAGUUCAUGCCACCCGUGACCACAUACUUGAUUGCAGGGUGUCCAUAUUACCAAUGGCCUCAGCAGUACACCAGUCCACGAAAACCCAUUGCCAUACAGACUCCUCUGCUGGAAAGUGCAGAUCGACCACUAGCUGAUAUUGCUGCGGCAACACAUCAAGAUGAGGAUGGUGACACGCCUCUUCACAUUGCUGUGGUUAAGGAGAAUGGUGCACUGGUCACAUGGCUUAUUGAAAUAUUUCGAAGGGCCCACAAAGACCUGGACAUUUUCAAUAACCUACGACAGACACCAUUGCACUUGGCUGUAAUCACCCAUCAGCCAAGUCUGGUCAAAACUCUCCUAGAUGCAGGUGCCGACGCUGGAGCUUUGGACCGUCACGGACAAACAGCACUGCAUCUGUGUUGUGAGCAUGGAGAGGCUGAAUGCCUGGCUGUAAUCCUCAGACACUACGCACACAACCCUUCACCCCAUCUGGAGGUCAGGAAUUAUGAGGGUCUGACUCCCCUCCACCUGGCAGUGCAGAACAGAGAUAUAAAGGUGACAAGAAUCUUAUUAGACAGUGGAGCUGAGAUCAAUGCUGGGGAUAACAAGAGCGGCCGCAGUCCAUUGAUGCAUGCUGUCGAAAAUGACUGUAUUGACAUGGUCAAGUUACUGAUCGAGAGUAGGUGUGAUGUGAAUGCACAGUCUUAUAGUGGGAACACAGCCUUACACAGCGCCUGUGGCAGGGGCCGAAUAGAGAUUGUGAGAGUGUUGCUGAAGAAUGGAGCUGACAGUAGUCUAAAAAACAACCAUAAUGAUACUGCCAUCAUGGUAGCAAAAAACAAAAAGGUGUCUGAUGUGCUGCGUGGGAAAGGCACCCGUAACUACACCGUGAAAGGGCUAUCAAGCAGUACCGGCUCUCUGUCUCCGGGCAGCUCAAAUCAUUCUCCACGGGUAACUCCCACCCAUCAGAGCAGCACCUCACUUUCCCCUGGUGCUCCAGUUUCACAUUUGCCCAGGAGUCAGUCAGUAGAGAGCAUUUCAGAACGUCACUCGCCAGUCAAUGGCAAUGAAAGAAUACCAAGGACUUUGCAUAACAUAGCGGACAACAGAGUAAAUCUCGGAAUGACGCCUUAUCAAUUCCGGUGUUUUUCACCACCUGGGUAUGAUCAAAUGAACCCGUCACACAUCCAGAGGACAUUAAUCGCGAGUCCUCCAUUUUACUAUGCAUCUGGUAUUCAAAAGUCACCAUUUUACACCGACGCACCGUUCAUCCUCCUUCCUGCUAUUUCUGUGCCGGUCACAUAUGGCUCUCCUUCUUUACAGUGUACUGUUAGCCAAUCACGACCAUCCAGUCAAAGCAGUGACCAAUCAGACAUGUCCACUAUGAGUAUAAACAGUGAAGAAAGAGGUGUUAGUUGAUAAUUGCUAAACAUUUAACCACUUUGGCAUAGCCAACCUGAAUUGUUGUAAAUGGUUGAACACAAUGACUGAAUUAUAUAAAUAAUUUUGUUGAUUGAGGCAUUUUUCUGAACUGUGGUAUAUCUAAUGAGAUACUGUAUGAUGUGGCUUGCUGUGUAAUUUAAUUGAUUUUAGCGUUUUUGUUAACUGCAUAGUGUAUUGCAAAGAGCUAUAAUAUUUAUACUUUUAUAGCAAGUCAGCAGAAUCUAAUUUUUUAUGUUCUAUAGUUUAACCUCACAACAUUGUGUGAAAUUAUGUCUAUUUUUAUUGAUGGCAUAUGUGGAGAAACAGGAAAGUUUUCCAUUAGAGUUUGGUCCGAUUUUGUGUUUAAAAAUCUAAAUUGCUUGAUUUUCUUUUUUGAUUAUAAUAAUGAUUUAUUAU